UCACUGAGUGACUCAGUUCGUGAUGUGAAUGGCAGCUUUAUUGCUGACAAAACAACCAAGAUCGAACACUGGCGUGAACAUUUCAAGCCCUUCCUCAACUUUGAUACGGAGCCCAACGUCUCCCUGCUCCCAUCUACAACAAAGCCUCCUCGAUUUCUCACUCAUUCAGUGUCAUGCGACCCGCCUUCUGAAGCAGAAGUCGCCGAUACCAUAAAAAGGCUGUGCAACAAUAAGACACCUGAAGAGGACGCCAUAUCCGCUGAAAUCUAA